CAUUCUUGGCGAUGGUCUUUUGCCAUAGUAUUAUAUAACUAACUGGUAUAACUAACUGGAGGUGAAACCCCCGUCUGUAUAACAUAGUAUUAUAUGUAGACACUACAGUAGGUAGUAUGUAAGCGUAGGAGUAUUAGGCUUGGUAAAUACCUACCUAGGUCAAUAGUACUAUAUAACAGGCACAUAAGUUAUCAGUAUCGAUUGUAUGUACUUUACCAUCCUGCCGAAUGCUACGUUCCCAAGCUUCCAAACCCAAGCACAUUCUUUAUUACUAACGCCGGAUUGGUUGGAACACAUCAUGCCACACUAAAAGAAAAAAGUGAGCAGCUAGCUCUAGGCGAAGUUUUCUCUGGAAUUAUGAUUCGUGAGCUGCUUCCAACUAUAGCACUUUCGUAAACUGCGUACUGACUGGAUGGAGGGAUGGAUCGCCGGUGUGUGGCUGACAAGCCUGUGUCAUCCAUGAUGGCGGGAUGGCACUCUAGAGAGGGGAGAGGGAAGAAGAUCUCCUGCACCAUAUUGUUUUUUUCAUUUAUAUUUCUUGGACAAGUUUUGGUUUAAAAGAAGCGGCGUAGUCCUUUGGGAAGAUCGAUCCCAUCUCCGUCGUUUUUUUUUGUAAAAAGGGGAGACCAUUACGAAAGAAGCGCGGAAGCUAUGCUCUACAUAUGGCCCUACCGCCUCCACAACAGCUUACGGGCCCGUCCGAGGUCCCUUCCAUUCUAGCGGGAAUCGUCACUCCCCUCGUGAUCGCAAGUUUCGUCGUCAUCGGCCGCCUCUACUCUCGGCUGCUGCUAAAGAACCAGUGGUGGGACGAUGCGUCCAUCUUCGUCGCCUGGCUCUUCGCCGUCGCCGUCGUCGCCGUCGUGGGCGUCGAAACCGAGUAUGGCCUCGGCCACAAGUUUGAGUUUAUCCCUCUCCACCUCCGACCGGUCGGCAUCCGGCUCUCCUACGCGACGAUAAGCUGCUACCAGGUCAGCCUGGUCCUCACCAAGAUCAGCAUCCUGUUCUUCUACCUGCGGAUCCUGAAGCUGCCGUACCAGCGGCUCGUCGUCUUCGCCACCAUGGCCUGCGUGACCGUGUACGGCGCCGUCUUCUUCCUCCUCACCUUCUUCCUCUGCAACCCGCUGGAAGGCGUGUACGAGUUCGACUUCCGCGUCGGCCGCUGCCUGCCGUACUACCCGAUCAUGACGGCGUCCGCGGCGCUGCACACGGCGACGGACCUGCUGCUGAUCGGGCUGGUGCUGCCGCACAUCCUCAAGAUGCACCUGCCGGGGCGGCAGAAGGCGGCGCUCGCGUUCGUGCUGACGCUCGGCAUCUUCGUGGCGUGCGCGUCGCUGACGCGCAUGGCGGUGGCGUGGGAGUUCCUCAACCCGCGCUACGCGCAGUGGGACUCGUUCGCGUUCGCGAUCUGGACGACGCUCGAGUCGAGCCUGGGCCUCAUCUGCGCGUCGGUGCCCAUGCUGCGGCCGCUGGUCCGGCAGCUGAUGGGCAGGAACCCGUCGUCGAAGCCGGAGGUCAUGAAGAACGUGCCCAGGACCAAGGGCCAGGAGCGCAGAGCGGUAAACCCGUUCGAACCGUUCCACUCGGAGGCCACGACGCUGUGGACUAGACAGGAUGGAGGAGAGGACGGUGGCGUUGGUCUGUCGCCGGUGAAAUCUAACCAGGAGGUUCGGCGCCCGUCUGAGGCUACGGCUUCGGUGUAACGUCUUGCGAUUGUAUAGGUAUAUGAAUAUCUCGUCUGCAGCUGGUCUGGAGGGGGACGGGGAACAAGGGCUACGAUGAUGAAAGGGGUAAUAAUAUGAUGACUUAUGAAUUAUUCUUAUGAUACCAGUCUUUUUGUAUUUAAUUGAUGUUGGCUCUUAUCCAUCGAAACACAGAGUCCAAUAUACCGGCAUAUCUCUAGCAAAUAAAACCACAGUUGACAACGA